UUCACUUCACACGGACACACACCCUAAAAGAGACGCUCCGACAGGUAGCUGGGAUGUCUGGUUAAACCGCCCGUCUGGACGCUGCCGCCACUUGAAUUGAGAUGCAUCUGAGCUCUGUGUUUCUAUGGGUCAGGGGCGAUGCCUCCCGCUAGGACGACCACAGGGUCUGUGGGCCAUGUAGUUUAUACUGCUGCAGGGUGUGUGUGGAUGGGUGUGUGUGUGUAUGUGUAGAUUGACUGGAGUGGACCUCUGUGUUCCAGUGGACGUCUGGAGUGGACCUCUGUGUUCCAGUGGACGUCUGGAGUGGACCUCUGUGUUCCAGUCCCUCCUUCUCUCCAGCAUCACGCCGCCAUGUCCUUCCCCUUCAUCCUGAUCUGGGCCACCCAAAUGUUGUUCUCCAAAACACAAGGUGAGGUCACGACCGCGGCCAAUGUCAACGCCAUCCCCGGACUUCCCUUCACGCUGAGCUGCAACGUUUCCACGGCGACGGGAGAGCGUGUGCGUCAGGUGCGCUGGCUUGACCCGGGCGGCCAGGUGCUGACGGCCUACGAGCCCGGGGACCCGCCCACCGUCUCGCUCGGCCGGCCGGACGUCUGGCUCUCCCCCCGCCUCCCGCACGCCGCCUCAGCCAUCACCGUGGCGACCGCUGGCCCCGCCCACCAGGGAUGCUACGUCUGCGAGUUCCACGUCUAUCCCAGCGGCCGCCAGCAGGGGCGCACCUGCCUCACCCUCACCGCGACGGUGCUCCUGGAGGGAGGGGGCGUGGCUCUGAGCGGGGGCGUGGCCAGGCUGCUGUGCCUCUACAGCGGGGACCCGGCGGGCGUCAGGCAGGUGCUGUGGAGCCGGAGGGGGCGGGGCGGGGGAGACCCCACCCCCCUGGGGUCGUACUCCGUGGGGGGCGGGGCCCUGGUGGGGGCGGCCCUGGGGGGGCGGGGCCAGCUCAGUGCCUCCCCGGGGGAGAGCCGGCUCACCCUGCAGCCUCUGGAGCCGCAGGACGAGGCCUGCUACACUUGCCAGCUCCACACCUUCCCCCAGGGCAGGCUGCAAGGCUCCACCUGCCUGGUGGUGUACGUCCUCCCCGACCCGGAGCUCACCUCCGUCAGCCGGUCUUCGGGAUUGGUCGAGGCUAACUGCACGACGCUCUCUCGCCCCGCCUCCAACAUCACCUGGAGCGUUGCCGGGGACAACCACACUCUGGGCCCGCCCACUGUGUCGUAUGAGCAGCAGGGGGGCGGUACAACGCGGGUGACCAGCACCCUGCUCGUCCAAUCAGAGCUCCUCCAGCAGCUGUCUGUCAAGUGUCUCAUCCACCACCCUGGGCUGGACCAACCCCUCUCUCUGACCCUCAGCGGUGAGGUCAGAGCGGGUCAGGGCGUGGUCGUGGCGGUCGCCGUGGCGUCCGUCUCUCUGGUCCUGCUGCUCCUGCUCUGCGUUUGUCUCUGCAGAGUGUUCUUCUGCAAAGGAGAUUGAGUGGGACCAUUGGACUCAGCAGCAGUGGGAGUGCUCAUGUAGUUUCCUCCUGUGAGUGGUGGAGAUGGACCACUGAGGAGAGCGCUGCUGGGAGGACUGGGAUGAGGAGGACUGGGAGGACUGGGAUAAGGGGGACUGGGAUGAGGAGCUCCUGGCCGACGCUGUCGUGGGCUGUGCGGUGGUAAACCAGAAUAUGAACAUUUACUGGUGAUAGAUUAUAUGUACACAGUGAUGUAGCUCACCAUUUAUCAUCAUUACCUGACCACUAGUAUGAUGAUGCUAUUCUUCCUGGGUUCCUUCUGAGGGAUAAUCUAUGUAAUAAUAAUAAUAAUGUUAGUAAUAAUGCAAUAAGUAAAUUAUGAACUUAGUAUUAUUAUUAUUUUGCAAUUGCGUUGAUUCUAGCAACGGUAUGGUAGUUAUAGCAACCGUUUGCCAUUCAGAAUUAACCGAGAGCUUCCUGCUGCGAUUGACCAAUCAGAAUGGGUAUCCAACUACACUGUGUAAUAAAUAUCCAUGUUACUAUAAUUAGUUUAAUUUCUAUCAUCAUCAUCAUCAUCAUCACACUAUUCAUUGGGAUGUCAGAAUUGGAUGCGCUUGUAUGUUGCUUCUUAUAAAAUAAUUGGAAAACA